AUGCUAGUGUCACGAAUAUUUCCACCACCACCCACCUACCGUCACCGUCACCGCUACCACCACAUCACCUAUCGGUGUCGUUACCACCUUCCGCCGCCACCACCCACGCACCCACCACCACCACCACUUACCCCCGCUACCGUCACCGUCGUCACCACCACCAUCUACAUACUGCCACCGCCACCACUAUCACCCACCACCAACACCACCGCUACCACCACCCACCUCCCGCCAUUGUCACCACCACCUACCAUUUCCAUUGCCACCGCCACUGUCACUACCACCACCACCUACCACCAUACACCAUCCUACACCACCAUCAUCGCCGCUAUCAAUCACCACCACUUACCACCGUCAUCGGCAUGA